AAAUCCCAUCACCACCCCAUUCCUCUUGUUCCUCUGUGUCAGAGUCCUUUUCAUCACAGCCUUGCUUGCGUUCAAUCUCGCGGUCUUGCUCGAACCAGCUUAACUUCAGCUAGCUUGCUUGAGAAGAAGACAUUCUGAGCAUCGUCAUCAAAAGUGAGAUACAAGAUGAUCCCACCAACCCCCACCUCUCCAGGCUUUCCGCUGCCGUCGCCACGUUCACCUCGCUCUACAGCCGUGGAACCUGGCUCAGCGGCGCUGUCUCCUGUAAUGACCAUGUUCUCUCCGCAACAGGCAGAUCAAGUCAUGAGAAGUCCAUUGUGUGAGCAGCGAUGGCUGCCGACGUCUUCCAAUCUAUCAAAUUGUCGGCGAAACAGCCUCACCACGCCAGUCGCAUCUCCAGCACAGCCAUCAUUUAUGCCGAACUCGCCAAAGUACCAUCUCCGCACGCCAGAACGAGCCUACUUUCAGAGCCUCACCUCUGAGCCCGGUGCCGGCCGCCAAAGCAGAAUGGCUAUGCACAGCCCCCUUCUCACUCUACCUCUGCGCGUCAACACAAGUGUAGCCUACCCAGAUCUCAACUCCCAAUCAAUGGCGCCCAUCAGCGAAGAAAAAGCCCAUACUCACAUUGCAUCGACGCCAUUGACAACCAAGAUGAACUGGUCACCCACCUCCCCAUCGCCCUCUCAAAGGCGCAUGAUGAGACCUCACGCCCCAACCCCAAUCCUCACAAGGCGCUCACCCAUCCGCAAGAAGCCGCGCACAAAAUAUCACGUCACCACGCUGUCGCCCGCCACCCUACGCACCCGUGCCCAAUACACAAACAGUCUACAGCACCUCCGCGCACCGCUCGUCCCACUGAUAUCCGUGUCCAAUGGUCUCCCACACCCACAGUUCCCCACGACACUCCUGCAAUACCACCUCCUGACACACGACCAACUCGACAGUCUGGCAAGAUGGUACCACCAGGUCGACCCGCCGCUCGACGAGACAUUUAUGUACCCAGCUUGGAUUCCGGCGUGGACAUCUUUGCACCCAUCGCACGAGUACAGGAAUGUUGUGCUCGACAACGACUCCACUCCAUCAAGUCACAACGUGGAUCUGGAGACUAAGAGACGGCGCUUUGGCCGGUUCAUCGGCCUGCGAGGCUGCGAAAGUCCGACCGCCACAAGCCCUCAAGAGAGGCCGGAUGAGCUCGCCAGACGAAUGGAACGGGAGUGGAGACGGGCGCUGGAAAGGGCACAGGACGAGGAGAAUGCGUGGGAGAAGAGCUGGAGAGGGAGAUGGUAAGCCCUACCUUUUUGCGAACCAUUGUCCCAAAGUACUGUAAGGACCGCAUGUCAGCAGAUCAUUCUGAACAAAAUAAAAAUAUGUAUUCUACAUUCGAGAUCUUCCA